UGGAAAGUCAUGGUUUUAAGGACCGAGUCCAUUUACUGAUUUCCCUUUUCCGGGGAGUGAGUAUGGCUGGCAUCUGUUACAUUUCUCUUCCUCUCUCUCUUCCUUUUGCCUCUACAAAAAAAACACCAUUGGGCCUUCUUUCAAACGAAGCCUUCCUCUUUAUCCGUCUUUCAUUUUCUCGCUCUGUACAGAUGGGGAGUGAAGGUGCAGGCCUCAGCAGGUAUCCACAGGGAGGAAAGAUGGAUCUCGAGAAGGUUAAUGACGACAAAGAACUUGACAAGUGGCUCCCCAUCACUGCGAAUCAGAACGGCAAAUGGUGGUACUCGACGUUUCACAACGUGACCGCCAUGGUUGGUGCAGGAGUUCUCAGCUUGCCUUAUGCCAUGGCUCAGCUUGGAUGGGGCCCCGGUGUCGUCGUCCUGGUGCUCUCAUGGAUCAUCACCCUCUACACACUAUGGCAAAUGGUGGAGAUGCACGAGAUGGUGCCUGGGAAGAGGUUCAACCGCUACCAUGAGUUGGGACAGUACGCUUUUGGCGAGAAGCUUGGCCUGUACAUCGUCGUUCCCCAGCAGCUGGUUGUGGAGGUCGGAGUGAACAUUGUGUACAUGGUCACCGGAGGGAAGUCACUGAAGAAGUUCCAUGACACAGUCUGCCCUAACUGCAAGGACAUUCGACUCACUUACUUCAUCUUCAUCUUUGCUUCUUGCCACUUUGUCCUCUCCCAACUGCCGAAUUUCAAUUCAAUCUCUGGAGUCUCUUUGGCUGCUGCAGUCAUGUCCCUCAGUUACUCCACGAUUGCCUGGGGAGCUUCUGUUCAGAAAGGGAAGCAAGCAAAUGUAGAGUAUGGCCUGAAGGCUUCGACAGCAUCAGGAACCAUUUUCAAUGUACUAAAUGCUUUGGGAGACGUUGCUUUUGCAUACGCCGGCCACAAUGUUGUGCUGGAGAUUCAGGCAACGAUCCCUUCGACGCCGGAGAAGCCAUCGAAGAAGCCUAUGUGGAAAGGUGUUAUCUUUGCAUACAUCGUAGUUGCAGUCUGCUACUUCCCCGUUGCAUUGAUUGGCUACUGGGCAUUUGGCAACGGUGUGGCUGAUAACAUCUUGAUCUCCCUGGAAAAACCGCGCUGGUUGAUCGCAAUGGCUAACAUGUUCGUCUUCAUCCAUGUCGUCGGAAGUUAUCAGAUUUAUGCAAUGCCUGUGUUUGACAUGAUUGAGACAGUACUGGUUAAGAAACUUCACUUCAGACCCAGCUUUGUACUGCGAUUGGUGUCGCGUUCGAUUUAUGUUGCAUUCACAUGCUUUGUUGCUAUAACCUUCCCCUUUUUUGGUGGUCUGCUUGGCUUCUUUGGAGGAUUCGCGUUUGCCCCGACAACAUAUUUUCUUCCUUGCAUUAUGUGGUUAGCCAUUUACAAGCCAAGAAGAUUCAGCCUUUCUUGGUUCACAAACUGGAUAUGCAUUGUUCUUGGUGUUCUGCUCAUGGUCUUGUCACCUAUCGGCGGCCUCAGAGAAAUCAUUAUCAGUGCUAAGAACUACAAGUUCUACUCAUGAUCUUCAUUGGCAAUGUAGAAGACAAUAUGACUUUCUUCAUGUAAAGAUUUCAAUUCAAAGACCACUCAUGAGGAUUCUGUUAAGUGCUUGUGUUAUUGGCAGGAUGCAUGUGUUCGGUUUUUAAGUU